ACCAUCCUGACCAUCCCGUUACUAAACGUCUCCAUUCCGAGAUUCGGUUGGUCGUAAAAGCCCCUUCGACGAUACUUUUCCUUUCCUUUCCUUCUCAUAGUCGAUUUUUCCAUUUUUUUCCUUUCCAACCUGUAGUCUUGCUCACCCGAGGUUCAAACGUCCCCGGCGCCCAAAUCGGAAGAUUGGUCGUCCUGGCCCUAGUCUACCUAGUAGUCAAGGUGCCUAUACCUUAGAUAUAAACCUCCAAGGUGUCUAAACGGCCCCCUUUCGUCUACCACUCAGCGCGCUAGAAGAGAGAGAUAGCGAGAGCGAGAGAGAAAGAGAGAGAGAGGAUAGCUCGGUGGGAUAUAUAUAAAUAGCCAACCAGCCAUGCCAUCGACAACGCUCGCCAAUAACCUCGCGGACGCAGCAGCAUCAGACAAUUUCCUCCCGGCCCUCCACCACGCCAUUUCCGGCUCCGCCGGCACGCUCAUCUCGACAUGCGCUCUCUAUCCUCUUUCACUAGUGGUGACCCGCCUUCAACACCAAAGACAGCAACAGCGUAUUCUCCGUCGGAAGGGGGCGGACCAACUUUCUCGGAAGGAGGACGAAGAAGGUUCUACCACACCCACGACAGGUCCGGCAGCAGCAGCACCGCCCGAGCCUACGUACGCAGGGAUCACCGAAGCCUUUUCAAAGAUCUGGAGUUCCGGUGGCGGGCCGAGAGCGUUCUAUACUGGCCUGGGCCAAGAUGCAAUCAGAUCUGCUUUGGACUCUUUCCUCUUCUUUCUCUUCUAUGAGUGGAUCCGCAGCUCGCGGCCGUCGCGCGGCCGGCGGAGAGGAGGCGGGAGAGUCCACGACGCGGGCGUCCUGGAGGAGCUAGCCAUCGGCGUAGUAGCCGGGGCGUGCUCGAAGUUCUUCUCGACGCCGCUGACGAACCUGGCCUCGCAGAAGGGCCGCGAAGAAAGCUUCCGCGACAUCAUCGCGGCCAUACGGAAGGAGAAGGGCAUCACGGGCCUCUGGUCCGGGUACUCGGCCAGCCUGGUGCUGACGCUGAACCCGAGCAUCACCUUCUUCCUGCAGGAUUUCCUGGGGAGGAAGGCCGUCAAGCGGGACAGCAGCCCCGGCGCCGCGACCACGUUCCUGCUCGCGGCCGUCAGCAAGGCCAUCGCCACCGCCGUCACCUACCCCUUCCAGACCGCCCUGUCCAGGGUCGAAUACGACAUCUCGCCCGCGGCUCGGAGAGGCGGCUGGGAAGAAGUCGUCAAGGAGCUCGAAGCGAAACACGAAGCGGAAAGGGCCGCCGCCGCUGCUGCCAGGGAAGGAGCAGGAGCAGACGACGACGGGGCGGUAUCCCCGAAAUCGCAAUCGCCGCCGGGAGGAUUCAAGGCCAACGUGGCGCCGCCGGAGCGCAACUCGACGGACGAAGGCAAGAUCGAGGCGCAGGCGCUGCGUGCGGUCAAGAACCUGGGGCGUAGAAGCGUGUUCGCGACGGUGGUCCGGAUCGCGCGCACCGAAGGGGUGGGGGCGCUGUACGAGGGGCUUAGGCUCGAGUUGUUGAUGGCGUUCUUCGGACACGGGUUGACGAUGGCGGCGAAGGGCGUCGUGCACCGGCUGCUCUUUCGGCUGUACUUCAUUGCGGCUGGGGUGCUGGCUGAGCUAAAGGCGCGGAGGGCCGGGGCCGGGGCUGGGGCGGCGAAGAGGACGAAGAAGAAGCCGGCUGUGACGAAGGUGACGACGACGGUGGUCGAGGAGGAGGUUGUUAGGGGCUUGGUCAAACCGGCGCCGGCUCCAACGCCGGAACUAAAGGCGAUUGAAGCGCCUACACCUGUGCCGACGGCAGCUCCGGUCCCAGCACCGGCGCCUCAAGCGGUUGAACCUCCGAAAGCGCCUACCGUUAUCGUUUCCCCUCCUACGCCCACGCCCUCACCACCAGCCUCUUCAACGCCGUCCAUACCACCCGCCACAAUCUCUCCCGCGGCCACCGAACGCGCUCUCCCCGCCGCCCCGAGCAGACCCGCGCUCCCGGCCCCAUCAUCAUCACCAUCAAUCCCAUCCUCCGCACGCUCCUCAACCUCCUCCCUAGACCGGUCCACGCUGCCCCCUCCCCCGGCAUACUCGCCUCCGCCCGCGAAGCCGAGCCGCUCAAGCUCAGUAAUCUCGCACACCAGCACCAACAACCACAACACCAACAACGCCUACUCAACCCCACCCCCGGCAUACACACCUCCCUCCCGCCCAUCCCUCGCGCCGCAACCGCCCCCACCCCCAGCGCAGCCGCGCGGCCAACUGCGCGCUUUGCGAUACCGCCUCGACAACGAAGACGAAUGGGGCCCGCGGUCUUUGCCGUCAUACGCGACGAAGCACGUGCCGGCGGCGGCAUCGUACAAGGAGGCGUUCCAGGUGCAGCCGCAGCGGCGGUCCAUGUCGAAGUUUGAUGAUUUCGUGGUCGGGGUCGUGGCGAAUAUGAUUGAGAAGACGCAGCGCGAGAUCAAGCAUUGACUUGCCGCGCAGGGGCAGGUCGCGAGGCUGGAGAAGGGGAAAGAUACUAGGGGGAAGGGGGGAG